CCUCACGUAGACCUGAAAGGGGGCUCCAAGCAACAAGAUCUGGUUGUGGGCUUGGAGAAACAGGGAGAGUAAGUAACGUCAGUAAGACUUUACUAACCGCACUUGCUUGCAAGAGCGUACAAGCCAAAGAAAUAGGUUACUUGAGGAAAAAAGGGAAAAAAUAGAGAAAAAGCAGAAAGAAAUUUAAGUUUAACGAACGAGCCUGGUUUACUCAAGAAAAAAAUGAUUACGGGAUAUACAUUUGACACGCCGUCCAGCUCAGGAACCAUUACAGAACUGGAGAACGCCAAAAUAGCCAAAAAAUCCACCGGCAAAAGAAAGUUUCACAAGAAGAGCAGGAAAGGAUGUGCUACAUGUAAAAGAAGAAGAGUCAAAUGUGACGAAGCACGACCUCUGUGCGGAAACUGCGAAAGAAUGGGUAUUCAAUGUAUCUUUCUGUCAGCUGAGCAACAUGGAAACAACGAAAUGUAUGAACAUGAGCAUGACCAAAACGACUCCAGCGAACAUGUUUAUGUGAAACAGGAGGCUGAGCAUAGUCCUUCAUUUCCUAAGAAAGAGCCACAAUUAGAUAUACCGAAAAAUAUCUUGCCUGCCACACCGUUUAUGAUGAAUGAAAGCCUUGCCAAUAUGUCACCAGUUUCUCCGAUAUCCCAAUUUCUGCAUCAAAUUCCCCAAUCCCCGGCUGCCACGGCAGUAGCAUCGCAAUUCUUGAACAAUUUCCCACCCGAGGUGCAAAUGAAACUGUUCCAGCAGUUUCAGCAGUUGCCACCGGAGAAACAGCAGCAACUAUAUCAAAGUUUACCGAUGAGUGUCAAGUCUUCAUCUGAGUCUCUGACUAUGCCUGAAGAGAGUAUUUUAAGUAAUAUAUCGAGAACAGCAGGAGGAAAUCCUUUAUCAGAUUUACUGGGUGAUAUAGUUCCUAACAGAAAUAAUUUUUUGAAACAGUCUAAUACGAGUAAAACUCCAACUCCUCAAGAAUUAGCUGCUCAAUAUCAGCAGCGUUCUCAAGCAUCAAAGGAUAUCCCGAUUUUAGCUGAAAAUGGUGGACCCUCUCUAUCUCCUGAUUCAAUCAGAUCUCCAUUGCCUCCAAUCACCAACGGGCAAUCUACCACUACAGGGUCGAUAUCUGAUCUCAAUAUGCUGGACCUAAGGUUGAUGUAUCAUUAUACAACAAAGGUGUGGCCAACCAUAACAGCUGCAGGAAUUUCAGACUCCAAGAUUUGGUCUGACGAUAUUCCAAUGCUUGCAUUCAAAUACCCCUUUCUAAUGCAUUCAGUUCUUGCAUUUUCCGCUACACAUCUUUCAAGAACUGAAAGAGGACUUGAUCAAUGUGUAACCUGCCACCGUGCUGAAGCGUUGAGAUUGUUGAGAGAGGCCGUUCUGGAAAUGUCUCCUGAGAAUACUGAUGCACUUGUUGCUUCGGCGUUGAUUUUGAUCAUGGACUCUUUGGCUAACGCAUCAUUGUCAACCUCAAGCUCGAUCAAAUCACUUCCUCCUUCAGCUUGGAUUUUUCACGUUAAAGGUGCAGCUACAAUUUUAACUGCUGUUUGGCCUCUCAGUGAAAAAUCUAGAUUUUAUAAAUUUAUUUCGGUUGACCUUGGAGAUCUUGGAGAAAUAGGAUAUGAUCUGAUAAGUGGUGAGCUAUCAAAUACUUCCGACAGCAAUGAAAACUCAAGAUCCAGUAGUGUUAGUCAGGAGAAGGGGACAUCUAAAGCACAGCCAUCUAACACUUCCAGCGGUCAUCUUGGCACGACUUCAAAUAAAAGAAUGAGAGUGAGUUCACCACCAAUAACUACUAAUUUAGCCGGUUAUAUUAGCGGUGGUGGUAACAAGUCGAAAAAGCCAAGAUUUUCUUCAAUUGAAUGUUUCGAUAAUGAAAUUUCAGACAUGUUUCCGAUAUCUUUCAACUCCCCAUAUUUUCCUACUCUGGCUUACAUGGCGAGACUCCAUAAUGAAAGAGACAAAUCUGACUUUAUUUUGAGAAUCUUUGCAUUCCCUGCACUACUUGAUAAAAGAUUCCUUGGGUUGUUGAUCAAUUGUGAUUUGUCGGCAAUGAGAAUCAUGAGAUGUUAUUACAAGUUACUAAGAAAUUUCACUGAAGAGAUGAAAGAAAAAGUAUGGUUUUUGGAAGGAGUGAGUUCUGUGCUACCUGUUGAUGUGGAGCAAUACGCAGGAGGAGGUGGUAUGCAUAUGAUGUUAGAUUUCCUUGGUGGGCCAUCCACCAUUGACGAUGAUGGGAAUGGGGAAAAUUAUGUUGCUAAAUCUGCAGCCCAAUCAGGGCUGCUUGAUACCAAUAACUUGCCUAGUGCGUCGAUGACAGGCAGUCUUGGAUUGGACGACACUAGCGGUUUGAAUAACGAUGGGAAUGAUUCAUGACUUGGAAAGUCUCUGCUUAAUUAUAAACUUGGGGUGGUACUCUUUUUUUAAAUAAGACUUACACACAUAUAUAUAGCUAUAAAAUAAGAUGCAA